ACCGCGGCCGCGUAACUAAAGGCACCCAAAUCACCAUCUUCGGUGCCUAUUGUCGGGAAACAAAAGAGGUGAUGUACUGGCAUGUGGACAACAAGAGCCGACGGGUUCUCUGGAGCCACAUGCUCAGAUACAUCGCCCGCGGUUCCAUCAUUGUUUCCGACAGCGCGGCCCAAUAUCGCGGUUGUACGACGAUGGGCUUCUCUGAACAUAAGACCGUUAAUCACAGCCAGCGGGGCCCCGGGAGAUUCGUCGACGCCGAUGAUCCCGAGGCCCACACUCAGAACAUCGAGUGCAGAAAUCGCUGGCUGAAGAAGUCCAUCAAGUCGCUCCGCACGGACAGGAGCCUGCAGAGCUACAACUGUACGUACGUGUACAGGACGCGGGUCCUGUCCCAGUUGCCAACAACAUCGGCAAAAUUCCGGCAGUUCAUCGGGGACAUCGUGGCCGUCUACCCGGGCCCCGGUCGUCAGGGUCUCCAACUCCGGACGAUCGAUGUGCCCGUGGAUCAACAUCUGCCGCCGGACGAGCCCUAUUUCGAUGUUCCCGUGCACGAGGGCGACGAAGAGGAACGGCAGGGGGAUGACGACCGCCCAACAACAUCGGGCGCCAACAUCUUCGUCAUCGACCCCCAGGACCUAGCCGAGGCGGGGACCAGCGGCCUCACCCCGUCCUCACCCACGCAACAUCGGGAAUAGGCUAGGCGUCGCCAGAUAGCGAAAGGACGUGGCGGGAGAUGCAGGAGGAGACGCUGUUGAAGGUGAGUGUACAAUCUGGUUUCAAAACGGUUUUCUAUUAGCCUAACUAGUGACAGUCACUUCCGAAGAGGUAGGUCAGGUGUUUUGGACAAGCCGCGAAAGCGGCGCGUAGUACUAGCCGACCGCGAUCAAAACCGAGCGUGUCGGUGAAUGAGGGGCCCUAGGUCCGAGGUCAAGGAUGAGCGCGGGGUCGUGCGAAAAGGACCUAACUCGGCAAUAAUUAGACUGUAGUACAUUAGAAUAGGUCGAUAGGCUUAGCGGUGCUUAGUACUGUAGCCGACCGGGCGAGCGAUACCCAGUGUGUCGGCGAAUGACGGGCCCUACACCCUCCCGAGGUCGAGAAGGAGCGCGGGGUCAUGCGAAAAGGACCUAACUCCGAAUUAGACUGCAGUAACGUUAGAAUAAGUCGAUAGGCUUAGCGGUCGAAAAGCUUAGUAGAAAGAACGACGCGACUCGUCGAUCCCGAUCGCCGGAAAUGACGUAGGCGAUUCUUUACAGGGCUAUAUCUCGUAAA